AAGUGGGCAGGCUGACUUGGGAACGUGGAUGGUACUGUGUUUAUUCUAUCAACAACUAUGAAGCAAGGGAUCGCUUACUUUCUUUGUCACUCCUGAAUGGGGCGGAGGAAACAACCCCACUAUAGAAACUAUAAAAGGGCUUCAGAUCUCAAGGCACUGCCUAUCUCAACGUACUCGGAGCCAAAGUUUCCCUAUCAGAAAAUCUUGCAGCCGGUCUUUCCACAAGCUGUGCAUGUUAAAGCGUUUGACUAGUCAGUAACCGUAAACAAGGGGGAAAAGCUUUGGGGUCAGCAAUUUUUGGAACAUUUGCUUACAGAAUGUGCAGAGUUAAAGGCUCUAUCGGAUGUUUUUGAAGUUAUUUUGCUGUCAAUAGUCAUUCGUGUGUGUACAUGCUUCUGUACAUUUGCUAUCGACUGCUGUCUGCAACGAGGCAGCAGUGAAGCUGCAGCCAAGGUAGCUCCUAACGCUUUGCAUGUUCAGGCUUUGCAAAGUUUAUUGAAACACUGUGGUAAAUCUUAUUGAAAGGUUUGCCCACUGCUAGAAAGGACAGACUCCAAAAAAAACUGAGUGCUUUGGGCUUACCUGUAAUUGUUAUCUGUUUUCUGCAGAAAAAAAUAAACAUCCCGCUUUUCUGGAAAUGGACUUCUUACAUACAUCGGGCUCUAGGAACUUUGUUUUUCUCUGCUUCUUGGUGAUAGCGCUCCUGACUGGAAAGAGUUCGCAAAGGACAGAUAGCCCCAAGUCCAAAGUCAACUCUAUCAAGUCCACUCUGGUGGGACAGUCACCGACUCAGGCAACGAACAGAUCCAUGGGCGUACCGCAAGUUGUCAGUGGCAAGAAAGGGCGACAUCACGGCCAGGCCUACCCUUGCAGCAGUGAUAAAGAAUGUGAUGUUGGACGCUACUGCUAUAGUCCUCACCUAGGCACCCCAUCCUGUCUCAACUGUAGGAGAAAAAAGAAACGUUGCCAUAGAGACGGCAUGUGCUGUCCUGGGACCCGCUGCAGCAAUGGGAUGUGUAUAUUACUGACUGAAAGCAACAUCAAUGCACAUAUCCCAACUACAGAAAUACACAACAAGAGGAAACAUGGACAUGGAAAAGAGAAAGACUGGCAGAACUUUGAUAAAACUCCUUCUAAGACUCACAGAGAGAAAGGUCGUGAAGGGGACCCAUGUCUGCGUUCCUCAGAUUGUACAGAGGGUCUCUGCUGUGCUCGUCACUUCUGGACCAAAAUCUGUAAACCUGUAUUACGGCAAGGGGAAGUGUGCACAAAACAGAGAAAAAAAGGAUCAGUUGGUCUGGAGAUCUUCCAGCGAUGCGAUUGUGCAAAAGGACUAUCCUGCAAAGUAUGGAAAGAUGCCACCUCCUUUUCAAAGUCAAGACUUCAUGUCUGUCAAAAGCUCUGAACAAGGAAUCAUCAUCAAAGACAUAAAAUCAUGCAUCAAGUACAGUAAAGUAUGGUGGAAAACAGAUUAAAUUAUUUAGAUGAACAGGAUGCUCAUGCUAGCUACCCAAAGUGUGCACUAUACUUAGGAAGCAUGCACCAUUUGGUUAUCUUGGCUCACAGACUUUUCCACUAUGAACUUUUACAUCUGUAAAUAAUGCAUAUAGUUCAUUAAAAUGCUACUUUAAAUCAUAGAAAUAAUGUAAUUUCUAUGGCUAAGCCCUGUGGUUUUCAAGAUAUAUGUAUUCACCUUUCUAAAUGGCUAAUUUAUUGAAGGGACUUGAUCUGAAAAGUUUCUUUGUCUUUCAGAUGUCAUAGCAUAUAUAUGCACACAUGAUGCAAACAUUAUCUGGUUAGGUAACAGGCCAUUUACAAGAAAUAGUGGUGUAUAAUAUCUAUAAUGUUUGAAACUGCUGUAUGUAGGCCUUAAUUUCAUAGGUCAAUUAGUAUGUGCAUUGAUGAACUUUUUCUUCAGCAAAAUUAAAGCAUGGCAAAAUGGCAAACUGGAAACAUUCCAUAUACAUAAGCUCACAUGUAUUCAUGUAUCAGUGUGUCUGGUUGCAAUACACACACACACACACACACACACACACACACACACACACAC